GGCGCAGCCGCAGUCGUCGUUCGGAUCUCGAUCGAGUCGGUGCUGUGGUGUUUGUAAGUAGAUUCGCGAGCACUAGUUCAAGCGUCGUUUAGUCCAUUCCGAACCGUCGAUAGGGAUGGAUCUUUUUCUUAAUUUUUCUAUAUAACUAUACAUAACAUAAUUUUCUUUUGUACAUUUAUCCACUUUUUUUGCAAUCGUGUGUGUUUAUCGAUUGUUCGUUCAUUCGUCCUUUUUAAGAUAUUAACGAAACAGGCAGAAAGUGAAAGGACAGAGAAAAAAAGAAGGAAGAAUUAUCACAAUUCGAAUCAUCAUGGAUAGAUCAUCGAAAAUGAUUCUACAAAAAAUUAUUAUAGAUUUUGUAUGCAUUUUUAUUGUGGGCAUGACAGUGCUGAUGUUCUACCUGUUCGGUAAACCAUACAAACGUGGAUUCUUUUGCAAUGACGAAUCGUUAUAUCACCCAUUCCACGACUCGACUGUAACCAGUGUGAUGCUCUACGUUAUUGGUCUUUUGCUUCCUAUAUGCACGAUGUUGGCAGGUGAAUAUCUUUAUGCAAGGUAUUCUAAUGCAGAUUCGACAAAGAUAUUAUUUGGUUACAACAUACCUCCAUGGAUAUGGAAUGCAUAUGAGAAGAUUGGCAUAUUUGGUUUUGGAGCAGCAAUCACUGUUCUAUUUACCGAUAUUGCCAAAUAUACGAUCGGACGAUUGAGACCACAUUUCAUGACUCUUUGUGAGCCUAACAUCAAUUGUAGCCUGAUUGAAAAUCAGCAUAAGUACAUUGAGAAUUAUUCCUGCACUCAGAAUAUCUCGAAGAGUCUUCUAAAAGAGAUAAGAUUAUCUUUUCCCUCAGGACAUUCGUCGUUCUCGGCCUACACGAUGAUCUACCUUGCGAUGUACUUGCAAUUAAGAAUAACUUGGAAGGGUAGCAAACUGUUGAAACAUUUCCUGCAAGUUAUGUGCUUGCUUAUGGCCUGGUUCACUGCAUUGUCGCGAGUUUCCGAUUAUAAACAUCAUUGGAGUGAUGUUCUCGCCGGUUCGAGCCUUGGUACCAUCACAGCGCUGGUCGUGGUGAACUUCAUUGCAGACUUGUUCAAGGAUCAAAAUCACUACUCAGUGGAGGAGAAACAUCGAACGGCGGAUUACGAAACAGGAGCCGGUACACAGGGAAACAGGAAAAGAGAAGUUAUCUUCUGGAUCAUGCGUACUUGGACAAAUUCACGGAUUUGGUUCAAACACACGGACAUUGGUGACAGAAAUAAAAAGGCAAAACACAAUUUGUUUUUUUUGUAAAAACAAUAAAUUAUUUGUAUUUUUGCAAUCCAGAACGGACAAUGUCUCUGUACAAGCUUCUUUUCAAACAGAAAUGUUACAAAUUCUGCGUGAUAAACGACAUCAUUACUGAUCUACAAUUUUAUUUACGAUUCUUCAUGAAUUUCGAUAAUUUAAUAAAAAAUCAUUUAUAAAAAGAAAAUAAAGAUUUUUUUAUAAUAUAAAUAUAAGAUAAAUUUAAUUUCAAUUUUAAUUUUAUAUAUAUGAAAGAAAAAGAAGAGUAUCAAUGAAAAAUGCUUGAAAAUCAAUUUUAUAUAUAUAGUAAAAAGAUACGAAUGACCAGCUACAAUAUCGCUUACUUAGCAAAUUAUUAUAUGACAUCAUUCACUUUAUGGCUCUCUUUCUUUCAUUCUUAUGUAGAAACAUACUAAAUUUCUCUUUAUUCCUCGUUUCGUUUAAUGAUCAAAAUAAACGAUUCCAGAAAAUAAAGAAAAUACGUGACGUGAGGUCACCAAGCCAAGAUAUUUUCAAAUGCUACUUAUUCUUUCAUACCGCCAAAGUACCUCCAUUCCACGUCAAGAAAUAUUUAAUUUUCUAUGAAAUAUUUUUUGAAAAAAAAAAAAAAUUUGUCUAAUUCGCAUUCUGUCACAAAAUAUCUCGAUUUUCUUAUCAGCUUAAAGAUUUCACAUAAAUAAAUAUAGGAACAAGAUUAUAAGUACAUAAAUAACUAAAUUCUUUAAAAUAUUAUAUAAGUAUUAAAUUCUUUGGAAAGUUUGUAGUAAAUUUAAAAAUUUGAAAAUUAAAUUUAGUUUUUAUUCAACAAUAUAAAAUAUUCAAUUUAUAAAAGACCCAAAUUAUCUCUCUUGGACUUCUAAGACUCUUGAACUAAGAUUUAUAUUAAUAUAUCAAGUAUAAAAAAAUAUCACAAAACAUCCAACACAAAAAAUAA